AUGAACGUGUUUGGCAGAUCGGGGAUGGUACCGUCCGGGAAGUCCGCUCAGUUCCGUCAGGUAGUCUCAUCGACACACGAGGUCCAAUACAUCAACCACGCAAUUGCUGGCAUCGCACCAUGUCAGGCCUGGAUUGCACAAACUUUAACGUCAAGUCAGGCUGGUGAAUCCGACCGAGGCUCAUCGGAGAGGUCCAGGCGCUCUUGA